AUGGGAAUCACUCUUGCCAAAAGCCUCCUCAUCUCCUACUUUUGCCUUGUCUUGCUAUUUCAUUUCGCCUACACUCCACCGCUACCCGGUCAAGGCGAACCAGAGCCAUUCCACCCGUCUAGAUAUCAAGUUCGGAUCACGAAUCUCAUCCAACGCCCUUCUUUGACAUUCCGUUGCCAGUCAAAGGACGAUGACCUCGGAUACCACACGCUCAAUUUCGGGCAAAACUACCAUUGGGAAUUCAAACUCAAUAUCUGGUCAUCAACUCUCUUCUUCUGCCAUUUCUAUUGGAAUGGCAAACAACAGGUUUUCGAUGUCUUCAACGGCCGUAAAGAUCAUUUUACCGUGAUCGAAUGGGUGGUGAAAGAAGACGGCUUCUAUAAGGUGGCCGGAAAAGCGAAUGGGGAGGACAAGGAUUUAGGGAAGCCUUACUCUUGGAGUUAG